UCUUCUUUCAUCAGCAGCAACAGUUAGUCAGACACCUCGGUAGCUUGAUAGACAAAAUAAACGAACCAAUAAACCGCUUUAGACGUUUUCGUGUAUAUUACACACAGUUUUUUUUAAACACACUUCUGUCGUCUAGUUAGUUAUCCACUUUAAUGUCAUAUUUGCAGUGUUGUUGUUAUUACUCAGCUAGCGGGCUGGUUAAGUUAGCAUUAGGCUAGCUAGCUAACAUCUCUGACCAUGAGUUCACUGAGCUGCUCUCCUCCUGAUGAAGAAGAGGAGGUCUGCUGGACGGAGAAAGAAGGUCUCGUGAAAGAGGAAGAAGAAGCUGUUACAGUAAAAAUAGAAGUAGAGGGUGAAGCUGUUAUAGUGAAAGAAGAAGAGAAAGACAUUACAGUGAAAGAAGAGGAAGACUCGUUCAGAGUGAAAGAGGAAGAGGAUGUUACAGUAAAAGAAGAGGAGGAAGACUCGUUCAGAGUGAAAGAGGAAGAGGAUGUUACAGUAAAAGAAGAGGAGGAAGAGAGAGAGGAUGCAGUUUAUGGAGUGAAAGAGGAUGAGGAAACUGGAUAUCUGGGCCCCGUUUCCCAAAGUUAUCUUAAGGCGUCUAGACAUGGUUCUACAGAUGGAGUUAGCCGUGAAAUGCUUUUGGGAAACCGGGGCCUGAAAAACACUAGAGAAGGAUGUGACUAUCGGGGAGCCUCAACAACAGCAUGAUGCUGAAGAGACAGAGAAGAGUCUCUCCACAUCAGAACACCUCAAACACCAGCGGAGACACACAGGGAAGAAACCUCACCGCUGCUCUGACUGUGGGAAGAGAUUCCCCUCUUCAGCUGACCUUAAAAGACAUCUGAGAAUCCACACAUGAGAGAAACCUAAUAGCUGUGAGCAAUGUGGGAAGAGUUUUGUUACAUCUAGCUGUCUGACCAUACACCAGAGAAUACACAUUGGUGAGAAACCUUACCACUGCUCUCACUGUGGAAAGAGUUUUGUUAUCUCAGGAAAUUUAACAUCACACCAGAGAACACACACAGGAGAGAAGCCUUAUAGCUGUAAUCAAUGUGGGAAGAAUUUCUCUCACUCAGGCAACCUGACUAUACACCUGAGAAUACACACUGGAGAGAAACCUCACUGCUGCUCUGACUGUGGGCAGAGAUUCAUCUUUUUAGCAGAUCUUAAAAUACAUCAGAGAAUCCACACAGGACAAAAACCUUACCACUGCUCGGACUGUGGAAAGAGUUUUGUUUCAUCAAAACAUUUAAAAUCACACCAGAGAACACACACCGGAGAGAAGCCUUAUAGCUGUGAUCAAUGUGGGAAGAGUUUUGUUACAUCUAGCAGUCUGACUAUGCACCAGCGGACACACACAGGAGAGAAACCUCAUAGCUGUAGUCAGUGUGACAUGAGAUACUCUGAUAAAAGAUCUCUGAUUAAACACCAGAAAAUACAUGAAGGAGUUGUUUCAUGAUAUCAAUGAAAUAAUGUUACAAUGUAGAAUGUUUUAACAUUGUAGUAGGAGUAUUUUAAUGAUGUCACAAUGUAGAAUGUUUUAACAUUGUAGUAGGAGUAUUUUAAUGAUGUCACAAUGUAGAAUGUUUUAACAUUGUAGUAGGAGUAUUUUAAUGAUGUCACAAUGUAGAAUGUUUUAACAUUGUAGUAGGAGUAUUUUAACGAUGUUCUGUUGAUUGAAGUGUCAUGUGGAUAUGAGCCUCAUCAGGGGAAAAAUCCAGGCUCUGUAUUGAAAGAUUAUUAUUUAACCAAAAACGUGUUGCGUUACACUUACCUCGGUGGCAACCCACUUGAAUUCAAAUGCAUCACUUCAAAAUGUAGCUAGCUGUUGUCUACAAGUUGUCCUCUAACCAGUGAUGUACACAUUAUUCCCAGAUUCCGUGUGGUGUUUGAGCUGUUAGUUUAUUUUUGGAGACAUAUAAUUGAAACGCAUCCCUCCAAAAUGUAGCUGACUGUCUUCUGCAGGUUGUCCUCUAACCAGUGAGGCAAAAGAUAUCUCCCAUUUUCAGGUGUUUUGUUUAGUUGUGUAAGUAGGGACGGAGCAUGGAGGCGUCGUUGUGUUCUUUGUCACAUGAAGUCCCCCUUCAUCUGCACCAGUUGUUCAGUUUGCCUCUGCAUUGUAGCAGGAAGAGACUGCUAUGGGACAUGGCACAGGCAGCAAAAUAUUAUGUUCUAAUUUAUUUCAGGAGCUUGUUUAAAAAGAUACAAGUAAUAUGAUUAUUGUGGCAGUCUCUACAGGGAUCUGUCCAAGGCCAGUCUCAGUGAUUUAUUGAUAUUUGUCAAAACAACAGUGUUUCUGGUGCUUGUGCAGUUUAUAAGGAGCUUGUUUAAAAAGGAUACAAGUAAUAUUGUGGCAGAUGUUUGUGCACAUUUUAUGUUUAGGUUUUCAAUACAUCUCAAACUGUUUCUGCAUAUUGGUGAUUGAUAUGGACACGUUAAAACUGUUUUGACAUUGGGGCUAUCCCAUCUAGCAAAAUGACUUUGAAAACAAGACUAUCCCAUCUAGCAAAAUGACUUUGAAAACAAGACUAUCCCAUCUAGCAAAAUGACUUUGAAAACAAGACUAUCCCAUCUAGCAAAAUGACUUUGAAAACAAGACUAUCCCAUCUAGCAACAUGACUUUGAA